CAGUCUACCUUAUUAUAUGUGCUUGUCCGGGACACAACAGUGUCAGAACAGAUGAAGGCAAAUGCUAAUGGCUUGCUUUCUCCAUGGCCCUUCUCCUUGCUGCAGGUCACAGUAAGGCAGUGCACGACAUCUGCUUCAACAACGCUGGAACUCAAUUCCUCAGCGCUGGUUACGAUCGCUACCUCAAGCUGUGGGACUCUGAGACAGGUCAGUGCAUCUCCAGGUUCACUAACAGGAAAGUCCCCUACUGUGUAAAGUUUAACCCAGACGAGGACAAACAAAACCUGUUUGUAGCCGGAAUGUCGGACAAGAAGAUUGUGCAGUGGUCCACGCUCUCGUUUAACGAGCUGGUCUAG